CCUGUUCGCGGUGCAAUUUCAGGUGGACGUUUCUGUUGGCCGCCGCAGUCCCCCCCUUUCUGACACAAUAGGGAGCCAGCCAACUUCCCGAGUGCCCCUCCGGCCGCUUUGCUCUCAACGGCUCCGUUUUAUAGUAAAAAGUUCCACAGCCCUACAGCACGUCGUAGUCGUAGCCGAGUUUGAUACGAAAUAGAUCCAGAUCGGUGUGUAUGAAGUGCAAUGUAUAAGAAACUAGUGCAAGGAAAUAAAACAGCUAAGAUAAAUAAAUAAAAAAAAGAAUUCUGGAAACCUCUGGAAAAAAUGUCUAUAAUUGCAUAAAAGAAUAAGUGAUUUUCUAGAAAGCGAUUCAACACAGCAAAAAAAAUGUGAAAACUAAAAUGUAAAUCGUGAAUAAAAAGUUUAAGUAAAAUUUUGUGAAUAUUUAAUUUCUUUAAAGAGAAGAUAAAAGACUGCCGCGUUUUUUUAUUAAAAAAAUUCAGUCAAAAAGAACUACAUUUGUGAUAAAAUUUGAAAAAUUUGUUCUUAUGUUUGUUAUGUAUAUGAAGAUACCGUGAGAAUUAGAAGAAUGACUGGUCGCGCCGAUCGAUAAGGACUAUUGAGGGUGUAAUUUGUGAGCCCUUUGUGUUUUUCGUUAUAAAAGGCAAUAAUUAAGAAUAUGGUGAAUCAAGAAAAAAUUAACAAUUCAUGGGAUUUACUUUGGUAAUGAAGAACUGGUGGUGUUAAGAAAGGUCUUUUAUCUUCGCAAAAUCAUAAAUACACGGACGACGUGCUUUUUCCGAGUGCAUUUUGUGAUGUACCGAUCGAUGGAAUCGAUGGACGAUGAUUUUGAAUUGCCAUGGGACGAAACAUAUUGAAGAUCUUGUUGCUUCUCUGUUGCAUACUGCGACCGCAUGUCGGACAAUUAAUUCAAGACAAGCGAUGCUUCCUAGAAAACGGAGCUACUGCGGCGCAUCUCUUUGUCAACGAGGAUCUGCCUGUCGGCGGCAUCGUGGGAGUUCUAGGAGUAGUGGGUGACCCCGGACUGCAAGGUGACAUCGAGCUCAGCUUGCAGGAGCAUGACAGCCCUGUCGCUUUUUCAUCUUACUCGAAGAAUUUAACUCUCAUUAGACCUCUCGAUAAGGAGGGCGUCGAGGGACCAGCAAGCGUCUACAUCAAUGUUAUCUGUGAGAAGAAACAUACCUUAGAUCCAGGAUUUAUCAUACCAGUGAACAUUCGAGUAACCGACGCAAAUGAUAAUUCACCGCAAUUUAUAAAUGCACCUUAUGUGUUGAAUAUUUCUGAGGUAACCGUUCUCGGCACGAGAGUCCUACAAGGAGUUCGAGCUGUUGAUGCUGAUCAACCAGGACCAUAUUCUACUGUGCAAUACGCAGUUUUAUCAGGAUCUUAUUCGGAUUAUUUUGUUUUUGUAAACGCUUUGGAAGGCACUCUCGUACUAAGGAAAUCGCUUGAUUACGAGACUCUCACCAAUUUUUCUGUUGGUAUCCGCGCACAAGACCAAGGUAGUCCGCCACGUUCGUCUAUGACGACAUUAUACGUCAAUGUUAUCGAUGCUGACGAUCAAAAUCCAGCUUUCUUGAAUAAUCAAUACAAGGUCGCUGUACCCCAUCACGUGAAGGGGAGAAAAACGUUGAAAGUGACUCCUGCCGCAAUAAAAGCCGUAGAUCAAGAUGUUGGAAUAAAUGCGCCAGUUCGAUAUACCAUUCAAGGUGGAAUCUUACCCUUUCUGGAUUUAAAUCCUGAGACUGCUGAAAUCGUUAUGAUACGAUCACUGCAGGAUCACGAACUAAUGACGUCAGCCACUAUCGUCAUUAAGGCUACUCAAGUAAAUAAUCUAGACAGAUAUGCCCUUGCCACAGUUAUCGUAUCGCGAGAAGAUGGCUAUGGUGUUGGACCAACAGCAGGUGGUCGAUUACCCGUGAAAUUCGUGCUAAAAGAUCAUCAAACGAGCAUACCGGAAAACACACCGCGCGGAAGCAUUCUUCUAACAACGAGAGUCAACAAAGCCGAUCCUGAUUUAAGAUUUUGGUUGGUGGGUGCGGCCGAGGAUCUGGAAAGAUUCUCGAUCACUAAUUCUGGCGAGUUGAUUCUCAAAAGUAAUUUGGAUUACGAGGAGCGGAUCCAGCAUAAUUUCUUGGUUCACGUCACAGAUGGAUAUCAUAAUGAUACAUCACGGGUGAACAUUUCAGUCGAAGACGUGAAUGAGUGGGAACCUCGAUUUCGAUAUACCAGCUACGAAUUUCAUGCUCCUUCCGCGAGAGAAGGCUCUAUCGUUGGAAGAUUGAUAGCAGCUGAUGGUGAUACAGGCGAUAAAGUCAGUUUAUCUCUCCAAGGACAAGAUGCGAAAUCUUUUCAGAUUAAAGACAACGGAGAAUUAAUGCUACGAUCAUCAUUUAAUGGAUCUGUGGCUCGAUUUAUGGCGGUGGCUUUCGAUUCCGGAAAACCGUCCAGAUACAAUACGGUCCCGGUAAUCGUACAUAUACCAAAUAGUGGCUCAUUGCCUAUUGCUGCAAGAGCUGCACCCGCUUGGCUCGGUAAUAGUGUGCUAUUAGUUGCAAUCUUUGGUGCAGUUUUGGGUCUUCUUGGAGUCGUUAUACUCAUUCUCAUUCUUUAUAUUUAUAAGCACAAAAGACCCAAAAGUGGUGGUUCGGUCAGUUCUGUAGGUACGGCAUAUCGCGAGAAAUCACCGGUCCCCUCGGCUCUGAGCCCGAUGCCGCAGGUACUAGGUGCCAAUGUUAUUCAAGACGCUUUAGAGAUCCCGCGAAAUCGAGUUCACGAUAAUGAGAAUGAUAACGAUAGUCAUAAUGAUAUCGAUAAUCCCGUUUUCGGAGAAACGAAUGAAAGCUCAUACGGCGCUACAAUUAAAAGUAUAGCAUCAGCGAGACAAUUACCAUUAUAUGCUAAACAUAAAGUGGCACCCGCCCCGAAUCCGCCAACUUUAUCAGCUACUUCGAAUAUUCCCAAUAUUGGCGGGUUAGUGCAAAAUAUGAAUGAUUUGAGUGCUAGGACUAAUUUAGAUGCUGGAUCUCAUGAUUCUUCCAAUUAUUCGGGAGAUCCUCCAGAUUCUUUGGUGCCAGCCUGGCCUGCUAAUUCAGCCUUGCCGAGAAUUAAAAAAUUGUCUUGGGAUGAUGAUGAUAGGACCGUGGACAGCGUCGAAGUCGCAGCGGAAACGCGAACCGGAGACAAUCAAGCGGGCAACGAGAGACUCAAUCUCACUGUGUAUUUUUAAUGAUCAAUUAUUAUGUAAAUGGAACGAUAUCGAUGACGGAAGACCAUCAUAAACGUUGUUUGACCAAUUUAGUUAAUAAAAUUCCGUUGAUAUCGGAAUUAUCUAUGAAUGAACUUUGAUGCAUCGCAAUCAUGUGACCUUACACGUGUAUUCGGUCCACGGAACAUCUGUGUUACCUACGUUAUAUCCUGCGCGGCAGGGCGUUAACUCACAUCAUCCCAAACAGAUUACCUCCGUUAUCUAUUUGACGCGACAUCGAUCUCUAAUUGCGAAAAACAAUAAUUAUUAAAAACACUGAAAACAAAUAAAGAAAUUGCAGAAAAUACGGAAAAACUUAAUAUAUAUUAAAAUAGAAGAAAGAGAAGAAAAUAAACCGAAAAGAUGAUCUAAGUAUAAAUCUGAA